ACAUCAUCGACUCCUAUCGCCUAAUAAUAAAUUUAAUCCUUUCGAUCUGCUGUAGUUCCCGAUCGACAAAAACUCCCAACAGUCCCCGCGUCGACCAAUACCGGCUGCAGCAUGAGUCCUUUGGGAUUUCUAACCGUGGUCGUCCUAAUGGGGACCGGAUUUGCCGCAACGACGGCACCACAGCGCACCGUCACUAGUCAUCUUACGGCACAGGAUCAGCAGCGGUUUACGAAGAUUUUCGACGAAGGACUAAAAUCCACCGACCUCCAGUCGCUUUACUACUCCUCGGUGAAUGUUGCCCUCCCGGCCGGCGAUGUGGCCAGCGCCUGCAAGCGGUUAUUUGCGCUGCACACUGAAUCGAAACUAAAUGAUUUCGAGAAAAACUUCUACCUCAUCGGUGCGCGGAAAAACUUCGGCUGCAAAGAAGCCCUUCCGGCGAAGGUGGAAACGACCGUAAAAGCGGCCCUCACGAAGGACGCAUCGACGGCACAAGAAAUCUACUACAAUCUCAACUCCGCCAAGCUAGCCGGCUUGACGGUGGACGAAAAAGUACGCACGACGCUCGGCAAAAACCUGCAAACCGUCCUGAAGAAGGACGACUCCCUCAACUCCCUAGGGCACGCAUUCUCCGUGGCCGCCGAGCUCGGAACGGCCGGUGCGUUCGCUUACGAUCGCAUCGAGGAAGCGUUCGUGCAAGCGGAUGAAGUUGACGGCCGAAUGUUGCAGUUCGAGGGUGGUCUCAGCAUCACCGCCCUCAUCGUGAACGGUGGAUUCAAGCUGGCCACGAGCCUCUCCAAACCGGCCCCCAUUACCGUCGAACAGGCGGUCAAAUUUGCGACCUACUUCCUGUCUCGUGCCUCCGUCCAAACGCCAAAGGGCGUCAGCGUGCUGCUGGAGGCCCUGAAGGUGUUGGCUGCACAAAAAACCAUCGCACCGAUCUGUGUGCGGCUCGCCGACAAUGGGCAGCUACUGCCGGAGUCGCCCGUCCUGAAGGUGCGUGUGUGCGAUUUGCUCGGAAAGCCUCUCUCCCCGGCUCUGGCUGCUCUGUCCACGACGGUGGUAUCACGCACCACAAACGAGGCGCUCGUCAGCAAAGUUAACCUCGUUCCCAGCAAGGACGAUGCGACGCUGUACACGUACAACCUGAAAUCGGCCUCACCCACCCGUGGUCAGUUCCGUGUGGACGUGGAAGCUUCUCCCUCCUACCGGCAGCAGCUCACCGUGAGCGUGCUCGGAAAAGUCCGUGUCAACUCGCUGGAAGUCGGUGUCGGCGAUACGGACAGUGCGGCCUCCAGCGUAAAGCGCCAAACCGUUGCACACCCAUCCAAACUGGCCACCCCACUAAACGCCGAUUCCCAGCAGAAGGUUGUCCUGAAAACCGUGCUCGUGGAUGAUGCCAGCGGAAAACCGAUCACCGUACACCAGGCGUUCGUGCUGCUGCGUCACCAGGAAACGCGCCAGGAAAUCAUAUUCGUAGCCGAAGCGGACUCCACCAAAGCGUACAAAUUCGAGAUGGACGUCGGUGCUCGGGCGACCGAUUUUGGGCACAAAAAUGGCCUGUACGAGCUGCGCCUGAUCGUCGGGGACGCGCUACUCUCGAACUCCUUCCAGUGGUAUCUGGCCGAUGUGGAGCUAAAGUUUACGCUGGCCGACGGACAAUCCGCUCCCACUCGAAACGGAGCCGUGCAUCGUAAACCGCUGCCGGAAAUUGUGCACCAGUUCCGGGCCCCGGAAAAGCGUCCGCCCCGUUUCGUGUCGGAUCUGUUUACGGCGCUGUGCAUCGCACCGAUCGUGAUUUUGUUCGCGCUGUGGGCCAAGUUGGGUGUGAACGUGAAAAACUUUCCGCUCUCGUUGGGUGCGAUCGGUUUUCAUCUUGGGUUGGGUGCCAUUUUGGUGCUGUUUGUCGUUUUCUGGCUGCGGCUUAACAUGUUCGAUACGAUCCGCUAUCUGAUCCCGUUGGCGCUGUUUACCUUUAUCUGUGGUAAUCGCAUGUUGCGGAAGAUCGCUCGGGGUGGUAGUGAGAAGUGAGGAAAAAACGGGAAGAUACCUUAACAAAUUCCAUCCCCCCAUCCACCCUUAGAGUCUCAAGUCUCUCCCACGUCCCUUUUCCCUAACAUAAACCAUUUUCCAGCACCAUUUCCCAUGCAGCUGGGAGUGAUGAAGAAUUUUCGCGUACGGAGCGACAUUCGUCUUCAACCGCAAUUGGUACACAAGGCAGGAGGCAGGCGGACAGGGUUAUAGGUGAGCAGCAGAACUAACCAAAAAAUCAUUCCCUUUCAGUACACUACCGAUGCUCUCUGUAUCCAGAAGAGUGGCAGUAAAGAAAAGAAAAAGCCCAACCGCGCUGCGCAGAGUAGGAAAAUUGUGGAAAUCUUUGAGCACGAUUGUAAUAAUUCAGUGUUUUCGAUCAAAUUCCUUUGUUGCCCCUUCCCCAGAAAAAAAGGCCGCAAGGAAACACGCAUGUGUGCGCAUUUUGUGUGUGUGUGUGUGUUUAAUUUUGCAUUGCAUUUCCGUACAACUUUGCUGUAAUCUUUUAAGGGUAACAAUGGACCAGGCUAGCGGUCAAAGGAGCAAUAGGAUACAAAACAAAAAGCAUACUAGCGUAUAAUUUAACUACUGACGCAUGGAACUGAGAGAAAACUGGCCGAGAGGAAAACACGACACGCGGGGGCAGAGUGACCGUCUGGCGUCAAACGGAAGCUCCCGUCUUUCUCUCUCUCUGUCGGCCGUCUGCCGUUAUAAGAAACAAAAAAUAAAGUUCGGAUAGACGUAAACAAUUAC